AUGGUCCCUGGGACUCCGGCCACGAUGCUGCCCGCCUCGGAGGCUGCGAAGAUCUACCAGACCAACUACGUUAGGAACUCGCGGGCCAUCGGCGUGCUGUGGGCUAUCUUCACCAUCCUUUUCGCUAUCGUGAACGUGGUGUGUUUCAUACAGCCCUACUGGAUCGGCGACGGCAUGGACACCCCGCAGACCGGCUACUUCGGCCUGUUCCACUACUGCAUAGGCAACGGGCUAUCCCGGGAGUUCACGUGCAAGGGCAGCUUCACCGACUUCAGCACCAUCCCCUCCGGUGCCUUCAAGGCAGCGUCCUUCUUCAUCGGCAUGUCUAUGAUCCUCGUGCUCUCGUGCAUCGGCUGCUUCGCGCUCUUCUUUUUCUGUAGCACCGCCACCGUCUACAAGAUCUGCGGUUGGAUACAGCUUGCUGCUGGCACGUGUCUGGUGCUGGGCUGCAUGAUCUACCCGGACGGCUGGGACUCGGACGAGGUGAAGCGCAUGUGCGGCGAGCAGACGGGCAAGUACGCCAUCGGCGCGUGCUCGGUGCGCUGGGCCUACAUCCUGGCCAUCAUGGGCAUCAUGGACGCCCUCAUCCUCUCCUUCCUCGCCUUCGUCCUCGGCAACCGCCAAGACGGACUCAUGGCCGAGGAGCUGCUCGGAGACAAGAGUGCCAACGCUUAAUUUGAGGACCAAUUCAAACAGAGAUCCCACUGCCCAGAGAAGAAGAGCAAUGCUUAUCUUUUGUCACGUUUCGGCAUUUUACCCAUAACUCCAAGGGGUGUGUGGACAGGCAGCCAAGACGGGGGAGUUGAUGAGCGAGGAACAACAAGAGGAAAAGGCAAUGGACAAAAGACAUUAGUGGAGAAGAAAGAACGAAAAAGAUGUGAA